GACUACGGUUACUACCGUUCCGCUGUGACCGGGUCUCUUGCGUAUACUCCCACGACUCGCACUACUCCGUAUUGUACGCACCACUCUAACGGCAUAGUGUGCGCACCACUCAAGGACCCAGUCCUCUCGGUGCCCAGUUCAUGUAAUCUAUAUAUGCACCGUGAGUUAUCAAUACAGAGAUUGAGUUCAUCGUAUUCAUUCUACAUGGUAUCAGCCUUCUUCGUUCCUACAGCAAUCCUGUGUCUCACCUUCCACAUCAAUGGCUCACUCCCCACUCCCCUCCGAUGACUCCUCUGAUGACGAGCUCGUCGUUCCAGCACCCGCUUCCGUUAUCCAAAGCAUUCCCAUCCGCCAGCACGUUCCUGUCGUCCUCGACAUGGAUGAGGGGAACUAUGGGCAAUGGCGAUGCUUCUUUGAAUCUGCGCUCGGAAAAUUCGGCCUCACCAGCCAUGUUCGUUCUUCCACCCCAUACCGUGACCGUCCUGGUGAAUGGCGCAUGGUGGAUUCCUGUAUUGCCAACUGGAUCCUCACCACAGUCUCCAAGGGCGUCUUCGACAUCAUCCGUCGCGACUGCAAUGACGCCUUCUCUCUGUGGCACGCCAUCGAAGACCUGUUUCAAGACAACGAACUUCAGCGUGCUGUGUACCUUGAAGCCGAGCUGCGUUCCCUGCAGCAAGGCGACUUGUCGAUGAAUGCCUACUGCACCAAGUUGAAGCGUCUCGCCGAUCAACUUCGCGACAUCGGCCAUCCCGUCUCCGAACCCAGUCAGGUGCUCAACCUUCUUCGCGGGCUCAAUCCAAAGUACCGCUACGUCAAGCCCGUGAUCACCUCCAAGUUCCCAGCGCACACCUUCAUGAGCGCUCGCUCCUUCCUCAUGCUUGAGGAGGCCAGCAUCGAACACGAUGUCGCCGUUGAGGCCACCCACGCACUGACUGUCACACAUGGUGACUCGUCCAGUGCUGUUCCUCCAUCUGCAUCUUCUGGCACCAGGGACAACUCCUCCUUCUCCAACACGCCACGCCAUGACAAUCGCUUCAACGCUGGUAGCACCUCCCGUUCUACCAACCGAUCUGAUCGCAGGCGCGGUCGUGGCAACGGCGGUCGUGGACGCUUCAACAACCAGUCUGGACCAUGGACAGCAGGUCUCAAUCCAUGGCAAGGCAUGGUUCAGGCAUGGCAAAUGCCUUUCCGUGCACCCGGAGCAGGAGUUCUGGGGCCACGCCCGCCGUUCCAACCUCAGCAAGCCAUGGCAGCCUAUCAUCAGCCACCUCCUGCAUCUACCGGCACCUUCGACAACAGCGCUCUUUAUGCGGCACUGCAGGCUGCCGCAGUUCCAACUCAUCCGCCCAACACUACUGACUGGUACUUCGACACCGGUGCGACGUCGCACAUGUCGUCUUCCCCUGGAUCUUCCUUCCAAAGCGGAGAUUCUCCGAUGUGAGAGCAAUGGCGAUCUCUAUCCACUCCGUCUUCCCCACCAGCAUGCUCUCACUGCAUCCUCGAUGGCGUCGUUAUGGCAUCAGCGACUGGGUCAUCCUGGACAACCAGUCACCUCCCAUAUUUUAAAAUCCCUGUCUUUUCAAUGUAAUAAAGCUGAUGCUCAUUCCUGCUCCUCUUGUCGAUUGGGCAAACAUACUAGAUUACCUUUUCGUGUUUCUGAAUCACGUUCAUUUUUCCCUUUCCAACUAGUUCAUUCAGACGUCUGGACAUCUCCUUGUUAUAGUUAUUCCGGAUAUAAAUAUUAUGUUAUUUUUCUGGAUGAUUAUACACAUUAUCUUUGGAGCAUCCCCCUCCGCAACAAAUCUGACGUUUUUCCUACUGUUAGAGCGUUCAUAUCUUAUGUUCAUACUCAAUUCCACCUCCCUAUUCUUGCGUUUCAGACUGAUAACGGUGGGGAAUAUGAUUCUACUGCUAUGCGUCUUCUUCUGUCAUCUCUUGGCACCCAACUACGUCUUUCUUGUCCAUACACAUCCCAGCAAAAUGGGAAAGCUGAGAGAAUACUUCGCACUGUCAAUGAUUGCCUGCGUACACUACUAAUCCAUAGUGCAGCUCCUCUCGCAC